AUGCCUUGCCUGGGCAAGCUUUCGAGAAGCCGUUUUCUGACUCCCAAGGCAGGAAAACGCAGGCCAACUUGGAUACAGAGACUUUUUCGAGCUCUGAGUAAAAAGCAGAAGAAAAAGUAUCAGAAACGCCCAAAGAUCUCUCUCGUACGCCAGGAUUCGUCGGAUCUCUUUACAAUUGUCCGGCCUUCACCAUUGUUCGACCCUUUUAUCGAUCCUUUUGAUCAGCAGUCCCCGACCACCCCCGUAUCAUUCUCUCCAGAUUCAUUUUUCCAGAUUCCCUCUCGGCGCCCGUCACAGGAAUAUUUGAUAGCUCGUUCAGAUUCAAGUCAGCAAGAUAAAAACCUGCGUCUCGAGCCCUCCCCAGAUCCUCCUUCGACCUUGCGAGUAAGAAUUCAGGAUACUGCAUCCAGUCCUCAAUCUCCCUGGUUUGACGACCUUGUCCGGAAACGACCUUCCACCCCUCCAUUCCCUCCUGUCUUUGAGGAUCAGAGUACCUCACAAUUUCAUAUAAACAAAGGCAGCUCUGCACCAGACUCUGAGGUCUUCUCAAAGAGGAUAUUUCCAUUGCUAGAGGAUUGUUAUUUCCCUACCCAACAUUAUUCCCUUCUUGGCACCGACAAGAGUGAGGAGGGUAGCUUGGUCUCUAGUAUAGGGUGUGUUGCCAAGUCAAUUUACGAGAAAGAUCCUCUCAAAGCAUUGACACCAACCCUUACUCAACCAAAAGGCUCGCCUACCGAACGUCCUCCAUCAAAACUUCUCUUCGAGUUACUUCCUCCCAAGACUGAUUCUCAUCGCCUAUCUGCAUAUAGUCGCAAAUCUCGAGCGGUAAGAUCAGAACACGCGAAAAUGGAGGUCUCACGAGCAUCUCAAUUCCUGGACCCGUCCUCUGCCAUGGCAACGCUCACAAAACAAAAAUUGGAGUCAAUCAAACUUGCCAGAGAACAAGCUGCAGCUGUACACGAGAUGUGUCGACGCGCAAAAUCUGAAGUUCCUCCCUACGAAUUUGAAGAACUCAUUGGAAAAGGCGCAUAUGGACGCGUCUACAAAGGUCGUCAGCUACCUUCGCGAGAUUUGGUGGCUAUCAAGGUCAUGGACAUUGAUACUUUGGAUUACAAGAUGCAUCGUGAUAUGAAGGACGAAUCAAUCAAGGAUUUUAUCCAUGAGAUCAAGGCUAUGAAUCAGGCUAAAGAAGCUGGGGCGAGGAACAUCAAUAUGCUCAUUGAGGCUAUUUCAAUACACUCUCAGUUGUGGGUUGUCUGCGAGUACUGCCCUGGAGGUAGUGUAAAGACGUUGAUGCGUGCUACGGAAGACAAGCUGGAAGAAAAAUACAUCAUCCCAAUUGCCCGUGAACUCGCCAGUGGUCUCCGCGCAAUCCACGACGCAGGAAUCAUCCAUCGAGAUGUAAAAGCCGGAAAUAUUCUCAUUCACGAAGAAGGGCGCUUACAAAUCUGCGAUUUUGGCGUUGCUGGUAUCCUCCAAUCUAAAGUCGACAAACGAUCCACCUGGAUUGGUACUCCUCACUGGAUGCCUCCUGAGAUGUUCUCGACUCGUGGCGGCGAAGCCCAUCAAUAUGGUAGCGAACUUGAUGUUUGGGCAUACGGCUGUACACUGUACGAAUUCGCAACUGGAAAUCCGCCCAAUGCUGGGCUUCGAGAACGGAUGCAAAUCGGACGUGCAUUAGGACGCAACACACCUAAACUCGAAGGCGAUCAGUAUAGUCAGGAACUCAAGAACCUUGUCGCUUUCAGCUUGAAUUCAGAUCCUCUCACACGCCCAACCAUGGCAACGAUUCUCGAACACCCUUACAUCGCCGGUUCUGAGACCGAAUAUCCAACAAAGUCGUUGAGCGAAUUGGUACGAAACUACUAUCAGUGGUCUCAACGUGGCGGCCAACGCAUGUCUCUUUUCCAUCCCGGUGGCGCUGCUGCCGCCGAGUUCCCAGACAAUCCACAGUUUGAAGAGGACUGGAACUUUAGUACCACCGACGGAUUUGAGCGUCGCUACUCUGUCUUGGAUCUGGAUCAGCUCUCUGCCUCCCUUGCCGAGCUGGCUGGAAACGAGCCUUCAUUCCCACAGAACCCCGAGCCAUCUAUGGAUGAUAUGACGAUUACUGAAAUGACGCCAAUCGAAAAGGCGAACUUUGACGAGCGGGUGAAACGAGGUGCGGCAGCGAUGGAAGGUCUAUUCGAUGAGCAUAAACCAACAUACAAGUACGAAACAAAGAGUGAUUUCGUUCCAAUUGAAGAAAAAGAAGCACCGUCCGACUUGCCACUUCGUACUACUACAGAUCGAUCGUCCGUCACGUCGACAUUUAUUGAUAUCAACUUGGGCUCGUUCGACUCUGCUCACUAUGCUGCUGGAACUGCCUCGCAGUUUCAGCUCGCGGAUGCUGAUACAAUUCGCGCUAACCGGUCAAGUUUACGCUCUGGUCGCAAUUCAGAUGGCGAGCAAUCACGUAAUCGCUACAGUGAUGUUGAGAGCGAAACUGAUACUUUUCAGCCAAACGCGCCACGUCCGCCUACUAUGGAUUGGAAGUUUCCCACUAUGAUCGUUCCUGAAGACAAUGAGCCAGAAACCUUGCCAGCACCCGUCGCAGAUACCGAGCCUUUUAUUUCUCCUGCUGAAGAGAAGCGGGCGACUCGUGAUUGGAAGUUCCCUGUUAUGACUGACACGGCGAACGAAGAGAUGCCCAUUCUAGAGAAGGACAAUCUGUACACGUAUGACGAGACACCGGCUCAUACCAUUCGCCCUGCGCAAGUCCAAACGCAUCAGUCUCGCUCUUCACACCAAUCACAACAAUCCACCCUAGAUCUCAGCCUUGGCCACGUCAACAACAACCUCAGCGUUGAUGGGCUCGACGUAGCAGCCAUCUCCCGCCCUUCAACAGCUACAUCAACAAUUAGCGACUACGACCCAUUCCGUUUCGAUCGAAGCCCCGACAACUCCCAACGCACCCACCACCGCAUGGCAUCAAAAGCACCCUCUCUAUUCAGCAUUUCCAGCCUCGACGAAGGCCCCGGUCCGGACCACGAAGAUGAUAUAAUCGUUGAAGAAGAUGGUCCAGGUCCAGAUCACGAAGAUAUCCCUGAGCUUACCCCCAAUGCUACCGCGGGUACUUCGAUGACUGCUCAAAUGGAGCUGUCUCAACAACGUCAACGAGCUGCUUCUUCGUCUUCUCGUGACCUCAGCCGUCCUACAAGUCAGACCUUGCAGUUCCCAGAAGUCCAGUUCCCGAGUGCCGAGUCUAUGAUGGAGGGUGCUUCUGAUGAUGUUAUUACGGCGGAGUUGGAUCGUUUGAUUGAUGAUUUUAUGCAGGCGUGUUAUUCGACGAUUAAUGUAGUGGAGAAUAUGGAAUGA